AUUUAACAGUCAAACUGACAAUAUUGACCAAUGGAGAAUUGACACUUCCUCAAAUGUCAAUAGUUUGAAAAUUUCAAUAAUAGUAUAUUGCAAUCCUUAUUUACUUGUAUUAUUGUAUUUUUUUUAUUUUUAAUUGAAUAUUAGCAACUUUAUUAAAUAAUUAUUUUAAUCCAUAAAAGAACAAUUAAAUAAUGAAAUAUAAAGUAGUUUAACAAUGGGUUUAAAAAAGAAGAAAAAUAUUAUCAUUCUCACACUUUUUAUGGUCGUAUGUUUCAUUUUAUAUCAACUGUAUUUCUUUCUGACAAUAACCUCCGAAACUAUGACUGGAAAUAAAUUAAUACCGAUUAUAAAUCACGUAGGCCUAGAUGGUUUACAUUUACGCUCAGAAGCAGACAAAUUUAUAAAUGAUAAUGGAAUAAUUCGUGGAGUGUAUUACCUAUUAAUGCCACAAUACCGGCCUGAUGCGAACGAAUUUAAAUGUUUGAAUUCAGAACAGCGAAUCCCGUAUGAGCGUCUAAACGAUGAUUACUGUGAUUGUUUGGAUGCUACAGAUGAACCAAGCACCAAUGCAUGUGUGAAUGGUACUUUUUAUUGUGACGCUCAGUAUCAUGGGAAACCUGUGUCACUCCAUAAAAUACCAUCGAGCAAAGUUAAUGAUGGUAUAUGUGACUGCUGUGAUGGUUCUGAUGAAUGGAGUCAGUCUAAUGAUCAAAAACUAUUAUCGCAAAGUGAUUCUAAACAUUAUAGAUAUUAUGUAUCCAAGUGUUCAAAUAAUUGUUAAGGAAAGUAUAUUUAAUAGUGCACUGUAUUGUUUUUCUCUAAUCGAAAAUAGCAAUUGAAUAAAAAUAGAAGUGAUUCAAUUAUAUAUAUAAAUAUUUAUACUUAUAAAUCAAGAUUUAUGAUUCUAGUUAUGCUUAACUUUUUGACUGCCUGGUUUUGUAACAAUUAUCAUGACCCUCUACCACUUUUAAAAUACUUUGUUUUUUGCAAGUCAUUUAAAAAUUCUAUAUUCUAACUUAUUUCCUGUAUUUUUUAAUAUAUUAGGCAGCUGAAUGAACAAAAAAAAAAUACAGGAUAUCUGUUGAAGGUUGUGGUUGCAUGGCUGUGUUUCGGUUUGAAGGGUGGGAUAUGGCAUGAAUUUACUGGGUACAGAGGAAUAACACCUGAGUCCUCAGGAAUGGCAAUGCAUGGGGGGUAUCAUGGGCGAAACAGUAUACUCUGUUAUGUCCAUGGUACUGCUCAUGUCUAUAGGCGACGGUUACCACUUUCCAUCAGGUGGACCGUCAGCUUGUUUGCCAUUCUAAGUUGUAUAAAAAAAAAACUUCAACUGAGGUAGUUAAAAGGUCAUUAUGGAUUGUAUUUUUAUAUUAUUUGUACACUUAUUUUAAAUAAAGUGUACAAAAUGACUAUUUUUUUUUUCUAUUUAAUACAAAUGUAUUGAAGUUUCUUGGUUUCUAUCUAAAAUUAUAACCAAAAUUAUAUUUUUAAAAUACUAUCCACAAUCGUCAUAUCAUAAUUUUUAUUAUUAAUAGUAUUUACCUACAGACAAAUAUUAUAGUUAUUGUACUACAGUCAACUCCUAAUAUUAUAAAUGUGAAGGGUUGUAAAGAUCUAAACUAAAGUAUAUGUAUUUUGAUAAUAUAAUGCAAAUAGACAAUAUUCUGAAUUAACAUAUAGAACAUUUAUAAUCUUAAUUCGUGCAAGUAAACUUGCAGGACGCAGCUAGUAAUCAAUUAUAAGGUAGUAAAUGAAUAAACCAAAGCAAAAUUUUAUAACAAAUGAAUUUAAAUCCCUGUCAUCUUCAGCAUAAAUAUAUAUAACAACAUAUUAAAAGUAAUAUUGUAUAUAUAAUACACAAAAAUAUACUACAGCAGUGGUUCUCAAACUUUUUUAGUUAUGUAUACCCAUUUUAAAACUUAAAGUAUAUUUUAUGAAAUAAUAAAAAUCUAUUUUAUAUUUAUUCUACUAUACAGUUCAUUAAUACUACUAUUACUAUUAGAAUUUUAGAUGGAUUUUUCACAUUAAUGCUAAAUUCUGUCACAUAAAAUAUAAAUACUAUUAGAAGAUUUAACAUUUGAAUUAGUUGUAUUUUAUAAUAUUAUGUAGUGAAAAUCGAUUUGUUUGCUAUAAAAUGGUUUGAAAAUGAACAAUUGAAGUGAAAACUAAAGCAACAACCCUCACCAUAUUUUUGUAUUCAUCCCAAUGGAACACAAAUUUGCAUUAAAUAUAUACUUUUUUCCUUUUUGGAUAUAAAUAAAUUAUCUACAUAACCUAAAUCUCUUUUGGUCCUACUAUAAAAGCAAAAGUAAAACCACAAGAAGAUAUCCCAAAAUUUUUUUCUUGUAAGUAUUUUAUAAAAUCAUUAAAUAUCCAAUAUUAUAUUUUAAAAGACUGAAAUAAAAUUGUUUGUUGUAACUCGA